UCCUCCACUCUCUGGCCACCUUGUUACUGGCUGUGCCCGUGUCUCCUCCUUUGCUGGCCCUAUUCAUUCAUUCACUCACUCAUUCAUCCCUCUUCCACACCCUUCCUCCUUUGGCCUUUCCCUCAGUUCAGCCUCCCGCCCUGCUUUCCCCAAAGUUGCUCCGCUCAGGUCCAGCUUCUCUGCUACUACCCUGACCCUCCGACUCGUUUGCUCCUUCAGCUCCUAGAGCUUCAGAUCGGACACUGUCACUCCCUUCAUGAGCCUUGGGGUCAGCGCCCAGUCCAAGCUAAACCACGACCACAGUCCCUGGGUGGGGCUCUCUCCCCCUCGUGACCUUGACCCUGCGGAACCUCGGUCUCGCCCUCCUUGCCGCGCAGCUCCUUCCUGACUCUGGCUGCAGGGGGGCGGGUCUGGGGCAGCGCUGGGCGCGAUGGGCUGCUGACGUCUGACCGGUGGUCUGCGCGGUCGGGUGGGCCUUGGGGCGGAGGGGCACGGACGCGCGUGGCUCGGCUCAGCGCGUAGGUGGGGCCGCCGCGACAGUCCGCAUGAGCCUGGGCACACUGGUCCUCGGUCCUCACGCCCGUCCCGCUCUCACCUUCCGGAUGGACGCCGAGCCCCGAAUGCGAGAUCGAGUGUCCCCAGCGCCUGACUGCAGCUCUGGAGGGCCUGCAGCAGCGUGGCCUGGAGCAGAGGUGUCUGCGGCUGGUAGCCCGGGAAGCCUCAGAGGCAGAGCUGGGCCUGGUGCACAGCCCGGAGUAUGUGGCCCUGUUGCGGGGGACCCAGGCCUUGGGCACCCAGGAGCUCCAGGCCCUGUCUGGACAGUACGAUGCCGUCUACUUCCAUCCGAGGACCUUCCACUGUGCCCGUCUGGCAGUGGGUGCCGCGCUGCAGCUGGUGGACGCGGUGAUGACGGGAGCUGUGCGCAAUGGUCUUGCCCUGGUGAGGCCUCCUGGGCACCACAGCCAGCGGGCUGCCGCCAAUGGAUUCUGUGUGUUCAACAAUGUGGCCAUAGCGGCCAGACAUGCCAAGCAGAAACACGGACUGCACAGGGUCCUCAUCGUUGACUGGGAUGUUCACCAUGGCCAGGGCACCCAGUAUAUCUUUGAGGAUGACCCCAGCGUCCUUUACUUCUCCUGGCACCGCUAUGAGCACAGGCGCUUCUGGCCUUAUCUGCGAGAGUCAGAUGCAGAUGCUGUCGGGCAGGGGCAGGGCCUUGGCUUUACUGUCAACCUCCCCUGGAACCAGGUCGGGAUGGGAAAUGCUGACUAUAUGGCUGCCUUCCUGCACGUGCUGCUGCCCCUGGCCUUUGAGUUCAACCCUGAGCUGGUCCUAGUCUCUGCAGGAUUUGACUCAGCAAUCGGAGAUCCUGAGGGUCAGAUGCAGGCCACUCCAGAGUGCUUUGCCCACCUCACUCAGUUGCUGCAGGUGCUGGCUGACGGCAGGGUCUGUGCUGUGCUGGAGGGUGGCUACCACCUGGAGUCACUCUCCCAGUCUGUGUGCAUGAUGGUGCAAGCGCUGCUGGGCGACCCUGCCCCACCCCUGUCAGGGCCCAUGGUGCCACACGGCAGCGCCCUGGAGUCUAUCCAGAGUGUCCGGGCAGCCCAGGCCCCUUACUGGAUGAGCCUCCGGCAGCAAGGUGCAGCCCCUGUACUGAGUUCCAGCACCUGCUCCCCCGAGGGGAAGCCCUCGCCUCUGCUGCCCUGGGGGCCCGAAUUCAAGGCAGCAGGUACCCAGACCAUGGCUGCCCUGAGCUCCCUCCUGGACAAGCUGUGCCUCAACCCCACGCCCCCUGUCCGCACAGCUGUUGCCUUGACUGCACCAGAUGCUGCGCUGGUCCUGCCCCCGGGUGUCCUCUGUCAGGAGAGGUCAGCCCUGCCGGAGGAGAUGCAGGCCUGGGCCAGGCCACACAAGGCCCUGGCCCAGGACAAGGCCCUCACUGCACUGGGGAAGGUCCUGUAUCUCUUGGACAGGCUCCUGGAUGGACAGGUGAGCAGUGGGAUUGCAGCCACCCCAGCCCCUGCCACAGCGGCCACCCUGGACGUGGCCAUUCGGUGUGGCCUGUCCCAUGGAGCCCAGAGACUGCUUUGUGUGGCUGUGGGACAGCUGGAUCGGCCCCCAGAUCUCACUGAUGAUGGGAGGACUCUGUGGCUGAACAUCGGGGGCAAGGAGGCAGCUGCCCCGUCCACAUUCCACGUGUGUGUGCCCCUGCCAGGGACUACUGGUGGUUUCCUGAACUGUGUCCUGGCCCUGGUGCUGCCCCUGGCCUACAGCUUCCAGCCUGACUUGGUGCUGGUGGCACUGGGGCCCACCCAUGGCUUGAGGGAUCCCCAAGCUGCGCUCCUGACUGCACUGCUGCGGGGCCCAGCAGGGGGCCGAGUCUUGGCCCUCAUAGAUGAGGAAUCCACACCCCAGCUUGUGGGGGUCCUGGCCGGGGUGCUGCAUGGAGAGGCACCCCCUAGCCUGGGCCCCUUCUCCAUGGCCUCCCCAGAGGACAUGCAGGCCCUGAUGCACCUGAGAGGGCCACUGGAGCCACAGUGGAAGAUGCUGCAGGUGGCCGCGUCUCCUUGAGUGCUGUGACCUGGUAGCUUGAAAUCCGCCAGGAAAGGCGUAUUUCCAUGCUGGAUAAGUCACUACAGACCGGUCCCCAAGAGCCGGUUGUUAACUGUUCACCAGCACACCUCUGCCUGAGGCUUCUGUCCCGAGGGCCAGGCCACCCGGCUGCCAAGGACACCGGCUCAGGGGCUCCAUGCCCCCUGCAACGGCCUGGAAUCCCUCUCCGGGACCCGCCUCUCCCGAACAGCCCCUGCCUCGCUCCCUCCAAGCCCAAUAAGUAAACGUCAGCUCAGCGAAAA